UUGGGUCUCGCUACCAAGAUGACCAAGAAAAGAAGGAAUAAUGGUCGUGCCAAAAAGGGCUGCGGCCACGUGCAGCCUAUUCGCUGCACCAACUGCGCCCGUUGUGUGCCCAAGGAUAAGGCCAUUAAGAAGUUCGUUAUUCGGAACAUAGUAGAGGCUGCCGCCGUCAGGGACAUUUCCGAAGCGAGCGUCUUCGACGCCUAUGUGCUUCCCAAGCUGUAUGUGAAACUACAUUAUUGUGUGAGUUGUGCCAUUCACAGCAAGGUAGUCAGGAAUCGCUCUUGUGAAGCAUGGAAGGACCGAACACCCUCACCCCGAUUUAGACCUGCGGGUGCUGCCCCAUGA